GGGGCGGCGGAAGUGACGGGACGGUGGCGAGGAGGAGGCGGCGGAGCCGGUCGCAGCCAUGUCAGCGGGGAGUGGGGGCCCGCGGGACGCCGCAGCCGCCGGGGGGCGCCGGAGCAAGUGGGACCAGCCCGGCCCGGCCCCCGCUUUCCUGCUGCCCGGCACGGCCCCGCUGCCCGGCCGCCCCUUCCAUGCCAGCGGCGACGCUGUGUCCGGCGGGGCGGGCCCCGAGGGCUCCGCGGCUCCCUCCGGGGCUCUGGAUGCCGCCGCGGCGGUGGCGGCGAAGAUCAACGCGAUGUUAAUGGCCAAGGGGAAGCUGAAGCCGGCGUCCAGCACCGCCGAUAAGCUGCAGGCUCCAGGAAAAGGACCCACAUCAAGUAAAAGCAAAGAUGACCUUGUGGUAGCAGAAGUAGAAAUCAAUGAUGUGCCCCUCACAUGCCGGAACCUGUUGACAAGGGGACAGACACAGGAUGAGAUAAGUCGGUUGAGUGGAGCAGCUGUCUCUACUCGAGGGAGGUUCAUGACUUCAGAGGAGAAAGCAAAAGUAGGACCUGGAGAUCGUCCCUUGUAUCUCCAUGUCCAAGGGCAGACACGGGAGCUAGUUGAUAGAGCUGUAAACCGAAUUAAAGAGAUAAUUACUAAUGGAGUAGUGAAAGCUGCCACUGGUUCCAGCCCAACGUUCAACGGAGCUACAGUUACUGUUUAUCAUCAGCCUGCCCCCAUCACCCAGUUGUCUCCAGCUGUUGGUCAGAAACCUUCAUUCCAGUCAGGGAUGCAUUAUGUUCAGGACAAAUUAUUUGUUGGUCUGGAACAUGCUGUACCUACAUUUAAUGUGAAGGAAAAGGUGGAAGGGCCUGGGUGCUCCUACUUGCAACAUAUUCAGAUUGAGACUGGUGCCAAGGUCUUCCUACGUGGGAAGGGCUCAGGCUGUAUAGAGCCAGCAUCAGGCCGAGAAGCCUUUGAACCGAUGUACAUUUAUAUCAGUCACCCAAAACCAGAAGGUCUGGCAGCUGCCAAAAAGCUAUGUGAGAACCUAUUACAGACUGUUCAUGCUGAAUACUCUCGAUUUGUGAAUCAGAUAGCUACUGCAGUACCUUUAGCAGGUUUCACGCAACCUGCUGCUAUAAAUAAUGUACCUCCUCAGCCAUCAUACUAUCCAUCAAAUGGCUACCAAUCUGGUUACCCUGUUGUUCCCCCUCCUCAACAGCCAGUUCAGCCACCUUAUGGUGUACCCGGCAUAGUACCACCUGCCGUGCCACUGGCACCUGGAGUGUUGACAUUACCCACAGGAGUUCCACCUGUACCCACACAAUACCCAAUUUCUCAAGUACAGCCUCCAGCCAGUACUGGCCAGAGUCCCCUGAGCACUCCUUUUCUUCCUGCUGCCCCAGUGAAAACAACCUUGCCAGCUGGUACACAGCCACAAGUCCAACCACAACCCCAAGGCCAAAAGAGGCGUUUCACUGAGGAGCUACCAGAUGAGAGAGAGUCGGGACUGCUGGGAUACCAGCAUGGACCCAUUCAUAUGACUAAUUUAGGUACAGGCUUCUCUGGUCAGAGUGAAAUUGAUGGAGCAGGAUCGAAGCCAGCAAGUUCCUCAGGAAAGGAGAGAGAGAGGGACAGGCAGUUGAUGCCUCCACCAGCUUUUCCAGUGACCGGAAUGAAAAUAGAAUCCGAAGAAAGAAAUGGCGCAGGGUCUUUACCGGGCAACCAUGAUCAUCCAGCCAAGAAGAUGAAAACUGCAGAAAAGGGAUUUGGAUUGGUGGCUUAUACUGGGGACUCAUCAGAUGAAGAAGAAGAACAUGGUGCCCAUAAAAAUGCAAGUACUUUUUCACAGGGAUGGAGUUUGGGGUACCAGUAUCCUUCUUCACAGCAGCGAGCAAAACAACAGAUGCCAUUUUGGAUGGCACCAUAGAAGCAACAGAAGUUUUUGUAUCCCUCGGUUACAUCUUUUUUUUUUUUCUCUAGCAAUAAUGCAUGUAUAUUACAAAAUGAACUUUGCGAAUAUACAUUAUUCUUACCUUAGCAGAAGCUAAUGGUGCAGUAUUCCCUUUUGAAAGGGGUUCUCUUAUUUUUAAACUCUUUAUUUCUGCAGUGGAUUUGGCAUCUAUGAAAAGUUUGUUUGAAAUUGCAUCCUUAAUGGAGCACAAUAUCUCUCUUAUGCAGUAAGGGAAAGUGCUCACAGAGUAAGAACAAGGAGGUCUCUUCCCCUGGCAUUUCCCAUGUGCCCAGGAAAGCCUCAGAAAUGGAGAGAGCCAGGCAGGCUGACUUCAAUUUUUCUGUUUGUACUAACUGAUUUUUCUUGCUGUCGCCCUGUGUUUGCAGUCCCAUCAAGUUAGUGAUGAUAACAGAAUGUAAUGUUUCAAUCUUUCAGAGGUGAAAGGAGCACCUGUACAUUAAAAUUUUUUUAAGGAUCAUGUUGCCCUAAAUUCCUAAUUGUAUUUACCUUAGGCGCACCCUGUAUUUCAGUGUUUGAUUUUUUUUUUUUACCUUUGAAAUGUUGUUUCAGUAACUCAAAAUAACUCUUGGUUCUAGCCAAAUUUAUUGGGGGGGAUAUUGUGGGUCCCCCAAAACAUUCUAUUCUGGAUCGAUCUGUUUCACUAGUAAUCCUCACACUUACUUUGUACAUCAGUGGUGUUUAAUCUCGAGUUAUCCCGGUGCAUUUCAUCCCACCCAGUCGGUUGAUGUGGAACUAUUGGCCACGAUCCUGGUAGUCUCCUGAUCAUUCGCUUGCUCGUUUUAUUCUACCAGUUUUGUUUUGUGAUUUGUUUAACAAAGAAACACAGCAGCCUGGUUUGUAUGUCUCCAGAGAGCUGACCGCGGGCGCUGCUGCCCCACAGGCGUGCGGGAGCGCAACCUCCGAAUGAGUUGCCACGUUGUUUACAGUGACUAACGAGCAGCGCCGCCUCGGCCCUCGGCGUGGCAGCUUAUUGCCAAAAGAACUGCGUGUUUUGGGGGUUUUUUGUUUUUUUUAAUCCUAUCGCGAACCUCGGAGAACCUGCUUGCGCAGACACGGCGUCAGCGUCCUGCGUCCCAAGGGAGCGGGAAGACUGGGCAAGCGUCACUUUUUUGCACAUUUGACUGCCUGGCGGGUUGGCUGGCUUUGUACAAACGUCGUCUUCGGUUUCCUACACGUUGUAAAUAGUCAGGCCCAUAAUUGCAUUAUAAAUAAAUGUAUAACUAUU